AUGGUCCACACCUUCUCUGCUUCAUUUUCUAUUUGUCCUACAUUUACCCUGUCUCUUUCUAUCUUUUCUCGCUUUCUCUCUUUCUAUCUUUUCUCUCUUUCUCUCUUUCUAGCUUUUCUCUCUUUCUAUCUUUCUCUCUUUCUAUCUUUCUCUCUUUCUAGCUUUUCUCUCUUUCUAGCUUUUCUCUCUUUCUUUCUCUCUAUCUUUGGUCUCUUUCUAACUUUCUCUCUUUCUAGCUUUUCUCUCUUUCUAUCUUUCUCUCUUUCUAGCUUUUCUCUCUUUCUGUUUUUGUAUCUUUUCUCUCUUUCUAUCUUUCUAUUUUUCUCUCUAUCUUUCUUUCUAGCUUUUCUCUCUAUCUUCCUCCCUUUCUAUCUUUCUCUCUUUCUAGCUUUUCUCUCUUUCUCUCUUUCUAUCUUUCUCUCUUUCUAUCUUUCUCUCUUUUCUCUCUUUCUUUCUAUCUAUCUUUCUAUCUUUUCUUUCUUUCUAUCUUUCUCUCUUUCUAGCUUUUCUCUCUUUCUUUCUCUCUAUCUUUUCUCUCUUUCUUUCUAUCUAACUUUUCUCUCUUUCUAUCUUUCUCUCUUUCUAUCUUUCUUUCUAGCUUUUCUCUCUUUCUAUCUUUCUCUCUUUCUAGCUUUUCUCUCUUUCUAUCUUUCUCUCUUUUCUCUCUUUCUUUCUCUCUAUCUUUCUAGCUUUUCUCUCUUUCUUUCUCUCUAUCUUUUCUCUCUUUCUUUCUCUCUAACUUUUCUCUCUUUCUAUUAUUUCUCUCUUUCUUUCUCUCGUUCUAUCUUUUCUCUCUUUCUCUUUCUAUCUUUUCAGAAAUAA